AUGACGUCUAGUCGAUUGGCAGAUGCAGUUGCCGCGCGGUACAGUGGGUGGUGGCACCUCUCUGCCGCUUCGAGCACCUUCCCCACCCGCUCACUCAAGCACGUUCGUGAACACUCACACGAGCUGAUGCCAAGCCCUCUGCGAGCAGCUGGGGAACGUGUCCUGCAGCGGGGCUCCGUUUCUGCCUACCUCUUAACUUCUACAACUGAGACACAGUCUAUCGUCACGUUCGCAAAGCUCUCAGUUGCAAGCUGGCAAGACCGGCCUUCAACCCAACUCACCUUCGCCUCACUACAACCUUACCUCACACGCACUCAAGGCUUUGCCACAAUCUACAAGCUCAUCAAGCGAAACGCAAUGACCUGCAUGGGCAAGAAGGGAACUGGCGAGAACUUUGGUCCUACCACCACGCCGACGGACGCUUCAAGUGCGGCUUCUGCAAGCGUCCCAUGCCCGAGUGAGCGUGGUCGCCAACGCCUGCCUGCAGCAAACUACACUCUUGCUGCUGUCAGUCCUCGUCCUCCAUCGGCUGCCAUCCAGCUCUUAUCUCAUCCGACGGAAGCUCUUCAUCGUCCGAUGCUCUACAAGACUGGACCAUCACACUGA